GUACAAGUUAUCGUAUGGUUGCAAUAAAUUUACGUCCUUUAGGAAUGGAUGAAUUACUUCAAUCACUCAACUCUCAAUAUGGUGAUAUACUUGAAUUAUGGUUUGGCAGUAAUCGAGCCGUUGUUUUAUGUCAUCCAAAAUAUAUGGUUAAAAUUCAUCAAACAUCUACUAAAAGUAAAUAUAUAAAAAGAUUUCAAAACAUUAAUAAUCCUGAUGGAAAAGAAUAUGGUAUAGUUGAUAGUGGUGUUUUUAAUAAUAAUGAUAUUCACGGUUCUUGGAAAUUUAAUAGAAUGGUUUUUAGUAAUGCGUUAAUGCGUCCAAAGUUAGAUAGGGAUGCAUUACAAUGGACCAUAGAAUUGGUCGAAGAAAUGGAAUCAUAUUGGAAGAGAGCUGGUAUUAUAAUUGAUGAUAAUGAUAUGAAUAAAGCAUUAAUAGAAGAUAAGGAGAUUAUAAAUCUUCCAGAUUGGAUGCGUAGAUUCACUUAUGAUAUGAUUUACAGAAUUGCAAUAGGAACUAAGGGUGAUGCUCUUAACUCUUAUACAAAUAAGUUGUGUGGGUUAAAUACUUAUGAAACUGAAUCAAAUAGUAUCAUAAAAAGUACUCAAACUUAUGCUGAAGGAAUUAUGUAUUUUCGUUUAUUUUCAAAAUUCGUUCGUAAUUAUUUUCCAUAUAUACGAGGAAUUAUUCGAAGUAAUAAAAAUAUAGGUGAAAGAUCGGAAGACGGCGAUGACAUUAAAAAUUCAUUUGUAAUGUUUGGAGGAGGAUUACGUAUGUGCCCAGGAAGAAAAUUAGCAAUGAUUGAAUUAAAAUGUUUAGUAACUAUGAUUUAUAGGAAAUAUGAUGUUGAAUUAGUUGAUAUGAAUGUACCACUUAAAACUAAAUCUACUUUCCUUACAUCUUGUGAAGAGUUAUUAUUUAGGUUAAAAUUAAGAAAAUGA